ACGAACGCGCGGCCAUGUUGAAUCGCCGAGAUUGUGAAAGAAGAGACAAAAGAGUGACAACUCGGUGGAUUUCUAGAAACAGCGAGUAUUUACUGAACUUAAUUAAACUGUCGAUAAGCAACGACACAACAGGGACGACUUUGGGUGGAUGUAGCAAAGUGAAGGUAACCUGGAUUUUCUGUUGAUCUGCAAUUCUGAAAGCACUUUGCAGACUGCCAUCUCAACUUUUGCUGCAGAAGUAAUGGAAACUGGGACAAGAUAGAUAACAGCAGACAUUUAAAGUGGACUGUCUAUGUUUAAAAAAAAAAAAAAAGAUUGCAGGAGUUACUUUCUUGAGCCAGUAUUAAGCCUCAGCAAAGACGUUUGAAGACUUGAUGUCAAAGAAACAAAUCAUAAGAAUAGUCUGAGACGUGACCAAGUAGAUCAUAUUUUGCUACCAUUUUGAAUGUAAAAACAUAGCACUUGGACUUUAAAAAAUCCAAGCUACUCUAAGGACACAAAGAAAAUUCUGGGUCAUCGUUACCGCAAGGAUGACAGUACUCUGAAAAACAUUUUUGACAGAAAAAUAGGUUGUUUUGGUCACAUAUUUGAUUUAUUUAUUCAUAUGAAUGUUAAUUUCUCCCUUUUUUGGAGAGUUGUCUUGUAAAUAGACAGAAUUCAUACGCAGACCUCUUCUUUUCAAGAGGUCUGAACGUCAGAUUGUAUACACAAUACAUUCUUUAAAAAGGAACGAUACGAGAAAAAGUUUUAUUUUUUCAGCUUUUACUAUUUUGUUACACACGAGUGCAUUAAGUGAAACAGAGCAGUGAAAAGGACGCAAAUAUAACUAACAUACACUGAGGAAAAUUGCCAGCUAAGGCGCUGAACCCAUGGCUACAGCAAGAACAGCAAACCCAGCACCAAUGAUUGGAUUGAACAAACCAAAUGGGCAGUUCAGAGGACAGAAUAAGCCAGCUGGACAACAGUCAGGACUCUUUGCAACUGCUCAACAUCCCAGUGCCCCCCAGAAAAUGACCAUGAGCAUUCCUCAAAGCAGUGGCGGCAUCAAGUUUGGCGAUGACUGGAAGAAGUGCCUGGAGCUUCCUCCAAAAGAUACCCGGAUGAAAACGUCGGAUGUGACAUCAACUAAGGGAAAUGAAUUUGAAGACUACUGCCUAAAGAGGGAACUUCUAAUGGGAAUCUUUGAAAUGGGAUGGGAGAAACCCUCUCCUAUCCAGGAGGAAAGCAUCCCCAUCGCUUUGUCAGGCCGAGAUAUUCUGGCUCGUGCCAAGAAUGGCACAGGAAAAAGUGGAGCCUACCUCAUACCUCUCCUGGAAAGAAUAGACCUGAAGAAGGAUCACAUCCAGGCUAUAGUAAUGGUGCCAACUAGAGAGUUGGCCCUACAGGUGAGCCAGAUCAGCAUUCAGAUCAGCAAGCACCUUGGAGGGGUCAAGGUCAUGGCUACCACAGGUGGCACCAACUUGAGGGAUGACAUCAUGCGUCUUGAUGAGAUAGUGCAUGUAGUCAUUGCUACACCAGGCAGGAUACUAGACCUGAUGAAGAAGGGUGUGGCAAAAGUGGAUAAAGCCCAAAUGAUGGUGAUGGAUGAGGCAGAUAAACUGCUGUCCCAGGACUUUGUGGUCCUGAUUGAAGAUAUUAUCAGCUUCUUGCCAAAGGAACGUCAGAUCCUGCUUUACUCUGCCACUUUCCCCAUCAGUGUGCAAAAAUUCAUGAACAAGCACCUGAAGAAGCCUUACGAGAUCAACCUGAUGGAGGAACUGACGUUGAAGGGCAUCACUCAGUACUAUGCCUAUGUGACUGAAAGACAGAAGGUCCACUGUCUCAACACACUCUUUUCUAGGCUUCAGAUCAACCAGUCAAUCAUCUUCUGUAACUCAACCCAGAGGGUUGAGCUUCUGGCCAAGAAAAUCACCCAACUCGGCUAUUCGUGCUUCUACAUUCAUGCAAAGAUGAUGCAGGAAUACCGGAACCGUGUGUUCCAUGACUUCAGGAAUGGACUGUGCAGAAACCUGGUCUGCACAGACCUAUUCACUCGGGGGAUUGACAUCCAGGCAGUAAAUGUGGUCAUCAACUUUGACUUCCCCAAAAAUGCAGAGACCUACCUGCACCGCAUUGGCAGAUCAGGGCGUUUUGGUCACCUGGGUCUGGCCAUCAAUCUGAUAACUUCAGAUGAUCGGUACAACCUGAAAAACAUCGAGGAUCAACUAGUUACUGAAAUUAAGCCCAUCCCCGGCAGCAUCGAUAAGAGCCUGUAUGUGGCAGAGUUUCACUCCGUUGACCCAGAUGAUGAUGACAUUGAGGGCGGAGCCAUGAACAAGGAACUGUGAGCAGCCUGAAUAAAUGGAGGAACAUGGCGCUGGCUUCAAACACACAAGAUUCCAAGUGAAGAUUUCUGUUCCCUGCUUUGCCACCAAAAUGUUCUAUUUUAGAUUUCUUUUCUUUUACAGAUUUAGUUUACAGCGAUCUCCAGUUCUGUCUGUCCAUAUGCUGGUAAACUGUUUUCUUCUCUACUGAAAACUGCCACUUUCUGUCACUGUACAUGUGAUUUGGGCUAUUACUUAAGUCUGCCAUUGAACUCAGUCCCUCUUGACAAUACAUGGAAAUUGUUAUUAACUUUUUUUUAUACUUUUCUGUAAGAAUGAAAAUGUGAAACCAAAGGUAGACUUGGAGGAAAGAGCCCAGCUCACAUUCUUGCUGUGCAGAUAAAUUACACGUGGCCAUGUUCACAUCCUGCUGACCUGCCUUUUGAGCAGAUGCUUUAAAGGAACCCACCCUUAAAAACAGAAAUAAUUACACUCAUUGGCUACUUUAUUAGAUAAACAUUUUUAGUAGUGGACCGCAACAGCCUGAAUUCUUGAAUUGGUAUGGAUUCAACAAGGUGCUGGAAACAUUCCUUAGAGAGACUAGUUCAAGUUGAUAUGAUGGCUUCAUGCAGUUGCUGCCAAUAUGUUAGCUGCCCAUUCAUGCUGACGAUUUUGGGUUGAACCUUAUAUCGAAGGUGCUCUGUUGGAUUGAGAUCUGGUGACUGUGGAGCCAUCAGAAGAUAGGUAGAUUGUGGCUGUAAAGGGAUGCACAUGGUCGGCAACAAUACUCAAGAAGGCUCUGGGAUUUAAAUUAUCUGCACUCAGUAUUAAAUGGCCAAAAGUGUACCAAAACAAUGUUAACAUCACUAUGCUGCUGUUGCCACCACCAACAGCCUGAAAUGUUGAAUGAUUCACGUUGUUUACGCCAAAUUCUGAUCCUGCCAUCUGCAUGUUGCUGCAGAAAUCGAGAUUUGCAAUACUAUGACAUUUUUCCAAUCAUCGGCUUUGCAGUUUUGGUGAGCCUAGUUCCUCUAGCUUCAGUUUUCUGCUGUAAUAUGUUUAUUUUUUACUGUUGCCUUCCUGUCAACUUGAACCAGUCUGGCCAUUCCCCUCUGGCCUCUCAUUGACAUGGCCCUUUUUGCAUAUUUAAAAAAAAAUGUACAUCACGUUUGUGAAAACCUAUGGACGUGUGUGUGUGAAAAUCCCACGAGAUUAGCACGAACAAUCAUUCCACAGACAAUUAACACUUCUUCCCCAUUCUGAUGUUUGGUCUGAACAACUAAACUAUUUGACCAUGUCUGCAUGCUUUUAUGGAUUAAGCGGCUGAGUCGAUAUUUGCAAUAACAAGCAGGUGUAUGUAAUAAUGUGGCAACUGAGUGUAGUCAUUUUUGUAGCUUUGGCCAUCAAUCCAGUUUGCUCACCAAUGUUAUUGCUGAGAUCUGGGGAUGCAGUUGUAAAACAAAGUGGAUUGUACACAUAUCCAGGGUUAACCAGAUUAACAUCCUUCAAAAAGGAACAAAAGUUGUAAUAGUAGACAAAGAAUUGCAUAAGCAUGAGGGCUACUUUGGGGCACCUGAAACAGUGUUGCUGAUAUUGAACUUGCGUUUUAUUUCAAAGUGUUUACUGCAGAAAUAGGAUAUUUAAAGAUGACUGUAUAAUGUCAGUGACACUGUAGUGCAUUUUGUCAAAGCACAGAUCCAGUAUUGACAAUAAGUCAGUAUUUAAUUGUGAAAUUUCUUUGAUCCCUUUAAAGCUGUGGCACCAGGCAGCAUUUUCUCAGGUCUUAAAGUUAUCAAUAAUUUACAUAACAGGAUGAGAAGGGCCUUUAGUUAACAUUAUGUUGAAACUGGCCAACUUGUCAGUCAUCUUAAUGUAGUUUGUGUCCCUUCUUUCCUCCAAAGUGCCUUUAGUCUAAUGUCAAACUUCUACUUUGCCCAGGCUCAUGUCCCAACUUUGUAUUGUGGGUAAAAUGGCACCCAUACAUUUCUUUCUUAGUUAAUCUGUUUUGAAAGCACAAUUUCAGUCUGAAAUGAUUUGCAGUUUUUCCUUUUGCAUUUGGCUUAUAACAAAUUUGAAACAUGAGCUAAAAAACAAAAAACAAAAAAAAAUCUCAAAUUUAAAACUUCAUAACUGUGAAAUUUCCUGCCACCAUUACCCCACUGCCAUGCACCAGCAUUGAAGGGACCAUUGUGUGUGUGUGUGUGUGUGCCCUCUUCUAAAGCAUUCAGAAACUUUAGUAGUAAUUAGCCCUAACUUUCCUUUAUGUCUGACUCUGGAGUUUAAUUUUUGAUGAUAGAUUGUGGUUCCUCAUUUAGCCUCAGUGCAGGCAUCAUUUGAAUUAAUACAGGUCAUGUGAUAGGGGGGGAAAAAAUAACAUUUUCUGUGUGGGUUUGUAAUACAUCACAGCAUUCUGGAGAAAGAAAUACUUUAAUGACUUGAUGACCGCAUUCUUUGUUAAGUAAAAAGACAGGCAAGAAAUACAUUUCUGUAAAGUGUGUUAAUGCCAGCGCCUCAAAGGAAUAAAAGUCCAAAUGACAAAC